GAACUGAGCUUGGAGCGGCCAACAGUAGCAUAGUAGGGCGAUAGUCUCCACUCAUAGAACUGACGGCAGCAGCAGGAGCAGCAGCCACAGGAUAACGUGAUUACUGCUCUAUUAGCUCUCCGCUAGUGAGACAGACUUAGAUACGGAGCGGAUCAUUCUGCGGAGAGGAAAGCUGACUGUGAAACGUUAGCUCGCGCUCUUCCAUGGAACACAGAAGAGAUGCGCGAGAAGCCAGCUGAUUCGGGUAACUGACCUGCAUGAAGAAGUUGCUCACUGUCCAUUCUAUUGUCGGCCACUCAAAAGGACCCAAGUGACAAAGCACAAUGCUUGAGGUAUGAGUUGUAUUUGAUGAAGUGACAAUCAGCUGUAUUCAACCUAAACUGUUCUUGAUCGACCAACAUGCAAUGGAGCGAAAAAUAACUACAAAAAAAACACUGAAGAGUCCCACUCCCUCACUUUCCAGUCUUCCAGUUGCAAAGUACAUGGUCUCCUGGAUGACAUUUGCUGACCUUACAUGAUUGGAUCCCUGAGGAUCUAAGGAGAAUCAAUGGCGGGGUGGGAUAACAUGACGAACGUGACCAAUGAGACUCUUACAAGCACGACCAUCAUGAGCAACAUGACCAAUGAGACCAUCCUUUGGGGUCCGCCCUAUAGCCUCCAGAUCUCGUUGCCUCUAACGAUCCUGGUCGGGAUGCUCAUCCUAUUGACAGUCUUCGGCAACGUCUUAGUGGUCAUCGCUGUGUUUACUAGCCGGGCCCUGAAGGCCCCUCAGAACCUCUUCCUGGUUUCGUUGGCGUCGGCGGACAUUUUGGUUGCGACCCUGGUCAUGCCCUUCUCCCUGGCCAACGAACUCAUGGGCUACUGGUACUUUGGUAAAGUCUGGUGCGAGAUCUACCUUGCACUGGACGUUCUCUUCUGUACGGCAUCUAUCGCCCAUCUGUGCGCCAUUAGUCUGGACAGGUACUGGUCAAUCACCAAGGCCAUCGAGUACAACCUGAAACGGACACCGAGCAGGAUCAAGUGCAUCAUCGUCAUCGUGUGGGUCAUCGCCGCGGUGAUCUCGUUCCCGCCCCUCAUCACCAUGGAGAAGGAGAGUGAUAAAGAGGAGGGGCCGGUGUGUAAGAUCAACGAAGACAAGUGGUACAUGAUCUCGUCCAGUAUCGGCUCGUUCUUUGUGCCCUGCGUCAUCAUGAUCCUCGUUUACAUCCGGAUCUAUCAGAUCGCUAAGAAACGGACACGGGUACCACCGGGCGACCGGAAACCCAAAAUAGCGGCCACUGUGUCGCCGGUGACGAGCAAGAAGGAGAACGGAGCUGGGGGAGUCGGAGGUGACCAACACGCUUGUCAUGAGAAGCUCAACGGAGAGCAAGGAGACAGAGAGCGGGAUGAACACAGAGGAGAGGACGAGAAAGAAGGGGAGAUAAACGGCGUGGACAUGGAGGACUCCUCAUCGUCUGACCACCAGGUCAACAACCCCUGUUCUAUCAAGAAGAAGAAGAAACACACAGCUAAAACCAAACUGAGCCAGAUCAAACCAGGAGUGGACCACCCGGCGCUGCCCAAACUGGUAGUGAGACAGAGCUCUAAGGGGAGUCGAUGGAAGGGGAGACAGAACAGGGAGAAACGUUUCACCUUCGUCUUGGCUGUGGUCAUUGGAGUUUUUGUCGUUUGCUGGUUCCCCUUCUUCUUUACCUACACUCUGACGGCGCUCUGUGACUCGUGUUACAUACCUGACACACUGUUUAAAUUCUUCUUCUGGUUCGGCUACUGUAACAGUUCAGCCAAUCCCAUUAUCUAUACAAUCUUCAACAAUGACUUCCGAAGGUCUUUUAAAAAGAUUCUCUGCAGGGAUAACCGGAGAAUGCUGUGAUUAGACUUGGGACUUUUAAGUUGUUUGUAUGUUGUUGUUUUUUUAUAAAUUGUUAUCGUGCAUGGUCGGAUCCGUGGCUUUAAACAAAUAAUGUACCUACCUGUGACAAAACAUCUACAUGUAUUAUGUUGCAAAGGCUUUUGGGGGAAAGACUAAAACCUACUACAGUACGUGCAGUAAAAGCAUCAAAAUGUUGUUUUUCCAAAAGGUCGGCAGCACUACGCCACACCACAGCUUGGAAACAAACUAUCCUGCGAAUACAGACUUUAAAAAAGCUCAACCAUUCCAGCCACGUUCAUCCUACAUUCAACCAAUGUUUUUCUACAGUUUUGUGAAUGUUUGAAUCACAACAUUGGAUAAACGUGGUCAGGAGUAUGAUAAUAUAUGUAGUAUUUUAUGAUGUUAUGUUGAUAUGAUGUUGAAAUAAUUGUCUCUUUCUGAGCCACCUUGGUGUGUUCUAUUCAUUGUUAUUGAAACACACUGCCAUUUUAUAUGAUAUCAAGUUACAACUGGGAGAAUGGGUUACCAUAGUUAUGUUAAAGAAUAAACAUCUCUCAAUGGCCA